UUUCUUUUGCAAAUCAAAUUCCUUCCAACGAUGGAGAAAGGCAAAGCGAUGGAGCUUGCUUUGCUCCUUGCCCUAACUCUCAUGCUUAGCGUCAGCCCAACAACUUCAGUGGCCGAAGAGCAUGGCAACAACAACAACAACUUACUCACUUACAUUGUUCACGUCAAAAAGCCCGAGGGCGCAGUUUUUCUUCAAUCACAAGAGUUACACGACUGGUACCACUCGUUCCUUCCAACACCCUCCCACAAGGAACGAGUGCUUUUCUCUUACCGCAACGUGGCUUCUGGAUUUGCCGUGAAGCUAACCCCAGAAGAGGCCAAAGCUCUUCAAGACAAGGAGGAGAUUGUGUCAGCUCGUCCCGAAAGAACCCUUUCUCUGCACACAACACACACUCCUUCAUUCCUUGGUCUUCGACAAGGAGUAGGAUUGUGGAAUAGCUCCAACCUUGGAAAAGGUGUCAUCAUUGGAGUUAUAGACACAGGUAUAUACCCCUUCCAUCCAUCAUUCAACGAUGAAGGGAUGCCACCUCCUCCAGCGAAGUGGAAAGGACACUGCGAAUUCACAGGGGAAAGAACAUGCAACAACAAACUCAUCGGUGCGAGGAAUUUACUCAAAAGCGCCAAUGAAGAGCCUCCAUUUGAAAACUUCUUCCAUGGAACCCACACUGCUGCAGAAGCCGCAGGAAGAUUUGUAGCGAACGCUAGCGUUUUCGGCAACGCUCUGGGUACUGCGGCUGGCAUGGCACCCGAUGCACACGUAGCAAUGUACAAAGUGUGCAACGACAAAGUUGGAUGCACUGAAAGUGCCAUCUUGGCCGCAAUGGACAUAGCCAUUGACGAUGGCGUCGAUGUUCUUUCUCUCUCCCUUGGUUUAGGCUCUCUCCCGUUCUCCGAAGACCCUAUCGCGAUUGGCGCGUUCGCUGCCGUUCAGAACGGAGUUUUCGUUAGUUGCUCAGCCGCGAAUGCUGGCCCUGACUACAGCACUCUUUCAAACGAAGCACCAUGGAUCCUCACCGUCGGUGCAAGCACCAUUGACAGAAAAAUAGUAGCGUCAGCAGUGCUUGGAAACGGUUUAGAAUUCGAAGGGGAAUCUUUGAACCAACCCAAAGACUUUUCACAAAGUUUGUUGCCACUUGUGUAUGCAGGUCAAAACGGAAACAAAUCUUCUGCCUUUUGUGCACCAAGAUCCUUAAAGAACAUUGAUGUGAAGGGAAAAGUGGUGGUGUGCGACAUAGGUGGAAACAUUCCAAGUGUCAGCAAAGCAGAAGAAGUUUUCAACGCUGGUGGUGCAGCCAUAAUCCUCGCCAACCCUCAAUCCUUUGGCUUCAGCACUUUCGCUACUGCUUAUGUUUUACCGGCGGUGGAGGUUAGUUACACUGCAGGGCUAGCCAUAAAAGCUUACAUAAACUCAACCUACUCACCAACCGCAACAAUCAAAUUCAAAGGAACCGUGAUUGGUGAUCCACUUGCUCCAGCAGUUGUUUUCUUUUCUUCAAGAGGGCCAAGCCAGGAGAGUCCCGGGAUUCUGAAACCCGACAUCAUUGGACCCGGAGUGAACAUCCUAGCUGCAUGGGCCCUGUCCGUAGACAACAAAAUCCCAGCGUAUAACAUUGUUUCGGGAACCUCAAUGUCUUGUCCACACCUUAGUGGCAUUGCUGCAUUGCUCAAGAGUGCACACCCUGAUUGGUCCCCCGCGGCUAUAAAGUCAGCGAUCAUGACCACUGCCUACACGGUCAACCUUGGAGGUCAACCCAUAUUGGACCAAAGGCUUCAAAUUGCUGACAUUUUUGCAACUGGUGCAGGCCAUGUUAACCCUAAUAAGGCAAAUGAUCCAGGGCUUGUCUAUGACAUUCAGCCAGAUGAUUACAUUCCUUAUUUGUGUGGUUUGGGUUAUGGGGACAGAGAAAUUGGAAUUCUUGUGCAGAGGAGAGUGAGGUGCUCCGAUGUACAUGCCAUACCGGAAGCGCAACUCAAUUACCCUUCGUUUUCUAUUCUGUUGGGGUCUACUUCACAGUACUACACCAGAACGUUGACCAAUGUUGGACCUGCUGAGUCAACUUACGUCGUGGAUCUUGAUGUGCCUUUGGCCUUGGGUAUGAGCGUGAACCCUAGUCAGAUAACAUUCACUGAGGUGAACCAGAAGGUUACAUUCUCUGUGGAGUUUAUCCCACAGAUAAAGGAAAAUAGAGGCAACAAUAGCUUCGCUCAGGGUUCUCUCACCUGGGUUAGGGUGUCUGACAAACACGCUGUUAGGAUCCCCAUAUCUGUUAUUUUCAAGUGAUGCAUGCGCAUGAGGGUGAGGUGAUGAUGCUCAAUGCUCAAUGCUCAAUGCUCAUGAAGAAAUAAAGAAGGGAAUGAAAUUAAUGUCUGCCAAGACGUACGUUCCCUAGCUAUCUAGUACAACUUCAUUAAUUUGUUAACAAAUGAUUUUGUUGUGUUAAGAUAAUCGCACGUGGUUUGAAAUGUACCAGCACUUCUUAUUUAUUUUUUAAUAUGAUGUUUUUUCUAUAUGAUGACCUUAUGUAUUUUUACGAUAGACAGUUUGUG